AUGCCAAUCCGAAGGAGUCGCCAGAAGACCACUCGUAAGCGGGAGGAGGAGGUGGACAUUGACCUGGAUGACCCUGAGAUCAACCACUUCCCCUUCCCCUUCCACGAGCUGAUGGUGUGGGCCGUGCUGAUGAAGAGACAGAAGAUGGCGCUGUUCUUCUGGCAGCACGGGGAGGAGGCCAUGGCCAAAGCCCUGGUGGCCUGUAAGCUGUGUAAGGCCAUGUUCCACGAGGCCUCCGAGAAUGACAUGGUGGACGACAUCUCACAGGAGCUGAACCACAACUCCAGGUACUAUAGACCACAAGACAUAUACACAUAGAGUUGAAAACAAACACACACAUGUAGUCAGCCAAGCAAUCACACAUAAUCAUUUGUAGAGUUUGCCACACAUACACACAUCUACAUACCCACAACUGAACAUACCCACAUGCACACACACACACACACACACACGUACACACACACGUACACACACACACACACAGAGAGACAGUCAUCCAUACACCCAUACUAAUAAGCAUUCGGAGAGAGAUGCUAACAUAGCGUUCAGGCUAUUUUCUAGGCUGUGCAUCUUAUAUCAGGCAAAGUUUUCUUCUAAAUGAUUAAAGUUGAGCUGGGAGUCUGCACUAGAGCAGCAUCCACACUCCUCCUCACAUCGUGACCUGCUUUAGAUAACACACAGAUCUCAAAGGACCGCUAUACAUAAAUGCAGCUAAUAAUACCUACACACAUACUCUAUCUAAUGACACACAUGUAGUUUAGCUAAUGGUAUGUGUGUGGGAUGAAAGUGUGUGUGUGUUCUUGCUCAAUUAAAAAGACUGUUAUGAAAAUGUUGGAAGUUGGUUAUAGGAAAGAACUCCCAGGUGCCACACACACACAAACACACACAAACACUGCCAAGUGCAAAACCAUUUGGUGUGUAUUUUCCGCAGAGAGUUUGACCAGCUUGCUGUUGAAGUCUUAUCUUAAUCCUUUGACUAGUGUUGUGUACAUGCAUUUAUCUGUAUGAUACAACAGGUUACCUGUCACGCCCUGACUCAGGGGACUCUUAUAUGUUGAGUCAGGGUGUGAAUAUUCUAUGUUGUGUUUUCUAUGUUUCAGUCUAGGUGUUGUAUAUCUAUGUUUGGCCGGGUGUGAUUCCCAAUCAGAGACAGCUGUCGCUCGUUGUCUCUGAUUGGGGAUCAUACUUAGGCAGCCUGUUGGCAUGCAUUAGUUGUGGGAUCUUGUUCCGUGUGGAGGCUUGUUUAGUGUUCAGCCUUAGGACUUCACGUUUCGUUGUUUUGUCGUGUGUUUAUCACUUUAAUAAACAUGUACGCCUUUCACGCUGCGCCUUGGUCUGACCCGUCCUUAAACGAACGUGACAGAAGAUCCCACCAAACACGGACCAAGCAGCGUGCCCAGGAGGACCGUACACCCUGGACACAGGUGGGGAAGAUGUGGUCGUGGGAGGAGAUAUUUGCGGGAAAAGGACCCUGGGCGAAGAAGGAAGCCCAGGCAGGAGAGGAGCAACGGCAACACAGAAGCCGGCCGAGGAGGAAGCCCGAGAAGCAGCCCCAAUAAACAUUUUUGGGGGGGCUAAAGGGGUGGUCGAGGAGCGAGAGAGAAGAGCCCCGACCACUGGAUCCGGUGGGUUUCCAGAUUGCGUCCCUACGACCAUGGGAAGAAGAGUGGGAACAGUAUUAUACUGAAGAGUCGGAGGAUGACGACGAUGAGUUUCUGUUCCCUAACUCGUGGGGGCUCCCGGAGGAGUCCUCACUGGAGGAGGAGUGCCGAGAGAGAGAGAGAAGGAUCGGAUCUGCAGGGUAAGAGAGAAGGCCACCAUAUUACGGGGGCUGAUAGAUAGAAUAGAGCGGGAGAGAUCCAUUCAAGAGGAGGCACUGCAGGAGGCUUGUAGGGAAAAGGAGGAAGUAGAGGCACGGAGAGAGGAGCUGGUUAGGCAGCAUAAGGAGCGGGGGUUAAUAAAGGAACCCAGGUAUGCAGAGAUACGCACUGUGUCACCAGUGCACCUUCCCAGUCCGGCCCGUUCCUGGUCCUCGCACCAGGCCUGGGGUGCGUGCUCCCAGUCCGGCCCGGCCCGUUCCUGUUCCUCGCACCAAGCCAGUGGUGCGUGUCGCCAGGCCGGCCCGGCCCGUUCCUGCUCCUCGCACCAGGCCAGUGGUGCGUGUUCCCAGUCCGGCCUGGCCCGUUCCUGUUCCUCGCACCAAGCCAGUGGUGCGUGAUCCCAGUCCGGCCCGGCCUGUUCCUGCUCCCCGCAUCAAGCCAGUGGUGCGUGUUCCCAGUCCGGCUCGGCCUGUUCCUGCUCCUCGCACAAGGGCAGUGGUGCGUGUUCCCAGUCCGGCCCGGCCCGUUCCUGCUCCUCGCACCAGGCCUGUGGUGCGUGUUCCCAGUCCGGCCCGGCCCGUUCCUGGUCCUCGCACCAGGCCUGUGGUGCGUGCUCCCAGUCCGGCCCGGCCCGGCCCGUUCCUGUUCCUCGCACCAAGCCAGUGGUGCGUGUCGCCAGGCCGGCCCGGCCCGUUCCUGCUCCUCGCACCAAGCCAGUGGUGCGUGAUCCCAGUCCGGCCCGGCCUGUUCCUGCUCCUCGCACCAAGCCAGUGGUGCGUGUUCCCAGUCCGGCCCGGCCUGUUCCUGCUCCUCGCACCAGGCCUGUGGUGCGUGUUCCCAGUCCGGCCCGACCCGUUCCUGCUCCUCGCACCAGGCCUGUGGUGCAUGUUCCCAGUCCGGCCCGGCCCGUUCCUGCUCCUCGCACCAAGCCAGUGGUGCGUGUUCCCAGUCCGGCCCGGCCCGUUCAUGCUCCUCGCACCAAGCCAGUGGUGCGUGUUCCCAGUCCGGCCCGUUCCUGCUCCUCGCACCAAGCCAGUGGUGCGUGUUCCCAUUCCGGCCCGGCCCGUUCCUGCUCCUUGCACCAAGCCAGUGGUGCGUGUCGCCAGUCCGGCCCGGCCCGGCCCGUUCCUGCUCUUCACACCAAGCCAGUGGUGCGUGUUCCCAGUCCGGCCCGGCCUGUUCCUGCUCCUUGCACCAAGCCAGUGGUGCGUGUCGCCAGUCCGGCCCGGCCCGUUCCUGCUCCUCGCACUGAGCCUGUGGUGCGUGUGUCCAGUCCGGCAGGGCCCGUGCCCGUUCUACCGGUGCCUGAUCCAGCUCCGGUCAGCUGCUCCACUCCGGAGCCAGAGUAGUCCGCUCCACCGGGGUCCAGUCCAGCUCCGGUCAGCGGCUCCACUCCGGAGCCAAAGCAGUCCGCUCCACCGGUGCCCAGUCCAGCUCUGGUCAGCGGCUCCACUCCGGAGCCAGAGCAGUCCGCUCCACCGGUGCCAAGUCCAGCUCCGGUCAGCGGCUCCAGUCCAGAGCCUGAGCAGUCCGCUCCACCAGCAUCCGGUCCAGCACCGGUCAGCGGUUCCAGUCCAGACCCUCUCCAGGUUCGGGGUCUCCCACACCAGGGUCCAGACAGGGCUUGGAGUAUCGUGGGAGGAAGGAGAGGGGAAGCAGCGCGCCGAGGUCCAGACCAGACCAGGGGCGCAACAGGGAGGCGGAAUGCCCACCCGGUCCCUACCCUGUUAUGUAAAGGUUGUGCAGUCGGAUUCCGCACCUUUGGGGGGGGGGGGUACUGUCACGCCCUGACUCAGGGGACUCUUGUGUGUUGAGUCAGGGUGUGAAUAUUGUUGUGUUUUCUAUGUUGCAGUCUAGUUGUUGUAUAUCUAUGUUUGGCCGGGUGUGAUUCCCAAUCAGAGACAGCUGUCGCUCGUUGUCUCUGAUUGGGGAUCAUACUUAGGCAGCCUGUUGGCAUGCAUUAGUUGUGGGAUCUUGUUCCGUGUGGAGGCUUGUUUAGUGUUCAGCCUUAGGACUUCACGUUUCGUUGGUUUGUCGUGUGUUUAUCACUUUAAUAAACAUGUACGCAUUUCACGCUGCGCCUUGGUCUGACCCGUCCUUAAACGAACGUGACAUUACCAACAUAUUCAAAUCAUAACAUGUCUAUCAUUUUACAUGUUUGCCACUAGAAAUGUGUUCAUUUGCUGGUAGAAAUGUGUUCAACAUCCACUGAAGUAGCUAGCAAGGUUACUAGAUAGCUACAGUAGUUGCCGUGGUGUCCAAACAAACAUACUUGCUAGUUUAGCUAACCAAACCAUCAGUCCUAGCUUGCUAUUUAAAAAAAACAGAAUUCAACAAUAACAAUACUGUUUUCAAUUCGACUUUUGCCUUCAAAAGCAGCUCAAACAAAACUUUUAAAAAUGUACUAUAGCCAUUGAAUUAUACCGUGCAAAUACACUGUGCGUUAUAGGGAAAUAAAGCACGCUCUAGAAUGCCCUUCAAGACAAUCAGAAAGGAGUAUUCAACAAUGCCAUGGUAUAACACUUAAUUAUGUUUAUAUGUCAAACUGCAAUGUAGCGUAGUUCAUCUUAAACAUUCACUGUGUGACAUCCUAUGUGUGUGUGUUUCAGAGAGUUUGGCCAGCUGGCUGUGGAGCUGCUGGACCAGUCUUACAAGCAGGACGAGCAGAUGGCCAUGAAGUUGCUGACCUAUGAGCUGAAGAACUGGAGUAAUGCCACCUGCCUGCAGCUGGCCGUGGCCGCCAAGCACCGUGACUUCAUCGCCCACACCUGCAGCCAGAUGCUGCUCACUGACAUGUGGAUGGGACGCCUGCGCAUGCGCAAGAACAGUGGGCUGAAGGUCAGAAGCGCCAGGGGUCACACGGUGCAUUGUCUAAAUGGGGUUUCAGAGGUUGACUAUCUGACUGACUGACUGACUGACAGACAUACUUAUGGUAGUAGAUUUUAUUGUAGACUACUGUAGAUUUUAAUUGAAGGUGAGGUAUUAUCAUACCCAGUUGGCAAAACGGGUUGCAAUUACCCUAUUUGGCCCGCUGGGUAUAAUGGCUAAUGAUAUCCCAUAUUUGAGCUGUCGCUUGAUUAUUCCUAACACUGUUCAUGUUGAUUUACGACAACGCACCUACAGUUACACUGUAAAGGCUUGUGCUAUUAUUCAGCCCAGGCAAGUAGGUUAGCCAAUGAGUUGGCUGAGGUUUGAUAGCAUACAGCUUCUUAGGUCAUGAAAGGGCACAGUCAUUUAUUAUUUUGAGUAGCUGUGCAUGGGGACCCUUGGGUGGUUGUGUGUAAGGAGGAUCAAGUAUGAAUCCAGGUACAGUAUAGAGCUGGUUGGGAAACAGACACACUCAUGACCCAUAAAGCCCCACCACACACACCUUCCAGUCUGGGUUGUAUUCACUAGGCACCAGAUGGAAGUAAACAGACUGAAACAGGAAGGCACUACCUGAACUUGUCCAAUGAGAAACGCUUGUUUUCGUAUUUUGUUGCAAAACGUUUUGCUAUGGUGUGCACUAAUGAAUAUGACUCUGGCCUGCUGCCACAGACCUGAAGCAGAUAUCUCCCUCUAAAGUUUAACGACAUUUCCCUUUACAUUCCACUCCCUCAUACCCCUCUCUUCUCUCUUUUGUCUGACUUUAAUGUAGUGGAGGUGUUAACAGCAUGAUUAUGUCCUUUAUCCCCUGGCUGUGUGGUCCUCUCAUCUGUCUCUGCUACUCUAACCAUCUCUAGCUGUCUGGACUAAUGCCUUUUUAAUUGAAUCUCAGAUAAGCUCCCUCGUCUCCACUGCAUCAAAUACACAAACUAUCUCACUGCACGUCAGCCAUAGCAUUAUGCAAUUUCACAGUGACGAGAUCCGAAACAAUAUGGACUUAUGGGAUAAGAAUGGUGGUGUCUGUCUGUGUGUGUGUGUGUGUGUGUGCAUUCUUCUGUGUGUGUGCGCACCUGUGUCUUUAUACAGACCCACUGGUUCAACAAGACAGUUGAGCAACUUUUAAUAUUAAAGUUGCAAGAUGUGCAGAAUGUACCGUAGUACAUUGGGGUUUUAUUACAUCUGCUUCGGGAACAAUGGAAAGGAACAAGUUUGACACUUGAUCGGAGAAAACACUGACAUGCAGUGGACCCACGCAUUAUGACCAUAACUCUCCCAAAAUCGUGCCAUGUGACAACUUUUUAAGAAGCGUCUCUGUUUGUGUGUUUUGCCCCUCCAUGUGUCUAACUCCACAUCCCUGCCCAGGUGAUCUUGGGCCUGCUGCUGCCUCCGUCCAUCCUGAGUCUGGAGUUUAAGAACAAGGAUGAGAUGUCGUACAUGCCCCAGGACCAGGACACCUACUUGCAGGAGAAGGAGGAGGAAGAGCCCGAGCCCGCCAAGGAAAAGGAGGAAGAGGACAUGGAGUUCACAGUAAGAUCCUACUGUGAGACGCAGUACAACUCCGUGGUGAGAGCACCCACCUCAGCCCUGCCUUCAGACUAUACACACACAGGCUGCAUCUGAAAUGGCAGCCUAUUAGUAUUCCUUACUAUAUAGGGAAUAUGGGGCCAUUUUGAACGCAUCCUUAGCCAGCCCCUGCCCCUCAACUAAACUAAAUUCAAAGCACAGUUGCCCCUGCCCAGCUUUUCAUGGUCAGAUAUCUUUUCACCCCCCCAAAUGGUAUAGGUUGGGGUUGGAUCCAAGAUCUGUGGUAAGGGGCGACUUCUAUUUCCAGCUUAAAGUACACACACUUUAGCUUCUCUAUAUGGCCUGCUCUCUCCUCUCUCUCUCUCUCUCUCUCUCUCUCCUCUCUCUCUCUCUCUCUCCUCCCCUCUCUCGCGUCUCUCUCUCUCUCUCUCUCUCUCUCUCUCUCUCUCCUCUCUCUCUCUCUCUCCGCUCUCUCUCUCUCUCUCUUUCUCUUUCUCUCUCUGCAGAGUACAAUCAAAUAGGCCCACAGUUAACAAACACACUCCAUUAUUAUUGUCCCUACACACUUAUCCAAGCCUAGUCCCUACCCUAUUAUGGCCAACCAGAGGGGCAGUAAGAACAGCCCCACACCCAAACCUACCUGUCAUCCCGCUUCUCGUUUCCUGUUCCUGUGGUCUCGGCGAAGACGUGGUUGUGGAGUUGUAACGUCUCAGUCUGUUUGCCGCUCUCGGCUCCGUGUGUAUGUCUCUCUCUCUCUGUGUCCCUCUCCCUUUCCACCUCUCUUGCUUUCUCUCUCCCUCUCUACCUCUUUCUUUCACUCUCUGUCUUUUUCCCUCUCUCUCUCUUUCCCCCUAUCUCUCUCCCUCUGUCCCAUUUCUAGCUAAGGUCUUACUAGAGGUACAGUACUGUAUGCGACUGCUGCCCCUCACUCUCCCCAGAGGCGCUGGCAACAGCGCAUCAACUCGCAUGCUGCUAAGAGGGGGUGUCUCUCAUCUGAUUUACGGCAGCAGCUUAAGCUGCUCAGGUUACUAACUGUGCCUUCCUGGUCUACGCAGAUGCACAGUCUAUGGGUGCAUCCGAAAUGGCACCCUAUCCCCUGAAUAGUGCACUGCUUUUGACCAGGGCCCGGUUUCCCAAAAGCAUCUUAAGUAUAAGUUCAUUGUUCUUCGUAGGAGCAUUUAUUUUGCUACUUGUAUGAUACUGUCUGUAAUUUGUCUCAAUAUAUUUCAUGAUGUGUAGCCUAACAUGUGCACAAUGAUGUGCCAAAUCUUGAUUUAGUGCAUUAUUAUAGGGUAAGCAAUAAGCCGCCUAAUAUUUGCAGCCAUAGGUGAUAAUAUCUUUCUAGGAGCUGAUCCGUCGUCAGUUUUGUGGAAUAAUUAUAAUGUUAAGGUAAAAUUUGAAUGGAGAAAGCUGAUCCAAGAGCAGCGUAGCCUUUCUUUCGGUCCUAUCAGUUUUGACACAUGCCUCAAUGAUGCACUUAGCAAACAUUCUAUCUGCGUGGUGUUUUGGGCCAUUGUAGGAAAAAUGCAUCGUUAAAACACUCGCAAGCCUAAAUUCCAUUGCUAUCGGGAAACCAUGCCCAGGGCCCAAAGUAAUACACUAUAUAGGGGAGAGGGUUCCACCAGACAUAGUCUGACUGUCUGAACACCCUCUCUUAUUACAGAACAGGCGAUUGUGACUCGGUCCAUCUACAUAGACAUUGCGGUACAUAUUGUCAUCUGCAUUUAGUCAGCCAGCCGGCGCAAAAGCUCACUGGGAACAGGAGUUUAUGAGAAUGCUGAUGAGAGAGUUCUUAGGCACCCAAAAAAAACUCUGUCAAAGGAUUACAUCUGUCAUGAGCUCUUCCGCUUGCCAUUGUGAGCUGCUGAUUUCUGACUGUUCAAAUGCAGCCCAGAAACCGAAAUAUGAAUCAGACAGAUUCAUACAAAUACAUGCUACGCUACAUACACCGGUAUUGUAUUGCAAGUCAUCCUCAGAUGCCUUCAAAAACACACUGUAAUCCCUGACACAGUCCAGAUGCAGUUUAAAUAUGCAUGUUGGCAUGGCAUUGUGAUUUUCACAUGCAUCUGACUCUUUCAUCACAGGUUGUAUCUCCCUUUUCCCCAGACAUGCAAUACAAUAAAAUACAAUUUGCUGACUCCCCAGCGGUGUCUUGUCGUUUGGGCAUCCAUGAUCAUAACCUCAGGGAUUUUACACACCCUCUCAUGGAUGACAAACUAUGUUCGAGUCCUAGAAAUGGACGUCAGACAUCUUUUUUUCUCCUCGCUGUCCUCCCUCUUCUUUGCUCUCCCUCUCGCUCUCUCUCUCUCCACUGUCUGUCACUGUCGUCUGAGACUCGAUCCAUAAGUGUUUGUCUCCAUCAUAUGUGUCAUCAUCCCCACCAGCACUCAAUGUCCCUAACAUGCAACAUUCAGAAUGAGUUUGCCUGUGCUUGCUUAUGCUCAUGCAACUAAAGUAUAGGAAUAGCUCUAAUGCGCUUUCAUUUUUUCUUCCCUCUCGCCUGUAUCUUUGUAUCUCUCUCCAUCUCUUUCUCUCUGUCUCUCUGGGUGGGAUGCCCCAGGCCAUGCUGGGUAAGGUAAGCACGGAGGCAUCUCGUAAGAAGGGUGUGGGGGAGGUCCAGAAUAGACACCGGCUCAUCCCCAUGGGCCGGAAAAUCUACGAGUUCUACAACGCCCCCAUCGUCAAGUUCUGGUUUCACACAGUGAGUCUGCUGUCAGGGCGUGUUGCUACCUAGAACCUUAAAGGGUUUUCUGAAUUAAAAAGAUUUCACAGAACCCUACCCCUUCACAAUUAACCCCUUUGAGAACCCAGUGGAUAGAUGCAGUGUGUGACCCAGUGCUUGCUUCUGUGUCUGCGUGCAUUGUAUCUACAAGCGGGGUAUUUUUAUUUGGCAAUAUCGAUGUCUUCAUCUUUCAUGCUGCAUGGUGGCUCUUUCAAUCUGCCGGUCCAGUGAAAAUAUCACAAGCACUCCCUAGCAGGGGGGGUUAACUCUUAUUUGUGGAGAUAAAAAAGAAUUGCCCCAACAACAAAAAAGGAACACUUAAAGGACAAACUAUCAAACUAUCACUUAGGAGACACAAGAUUGCAAAUCUUCUGCCUAUCCCGCGGUGCAACCUAACUUUUCAAUGCUAAAACAAUUUGAAUGCCUUCUAAAACUACUUCAAGGGGCAAUCAGCAGUUGCUACAUCAAUUUUAGAACUUAGCAAUUAAUGAUACCGUAUAUACCCAUUGAUUCUUAAAGAAUAUAACUUAUGAAUGUUUAGUUCAACUGUCAUACCAUAUCAGAACCCAAAAUAUAUGCUUGUUUUACUCCAAUGUUUGUAAACAUUGUAAAUGUAAACAAACACUGUAUAGCCUCAAAACAUGCUUAACUAUAAUUUUGAUAUCUUGCAUGAUCAGUCCUUGCUUCCAUUGCUCUGUCUAUGAAUGUGACAGUGGUAACAUUUCUCCAGUUCCAUCCCUCAGCUUUUUGACAAAAGAGGUGGGGAAUCCGCUUUGUUAUUAUUUCAACUGCAGAUUGCCCCUUUAAGACCCACUUACGACACCUUAUGUCAUCUGUAAGACCCUUGGCAUGCCCCCUGAAGACCCCCCACAUGAUCUGGGAGGCCCUGACACUGUGUGUUUGUCCCCAGAUGGCCUAUGUGGCAUAUCUGAUGCUGUUUAACUAUAUUGUGCUGGUGAAGAUGGACCUGUGGCCCUCACCGCAGGAGUGGAUUGUCGUCGCUUACAUCUUCACCAAUGGCAUCGAGAAGAUGAGAGAGGUAAGGCAGGGCACACACAUAGAGAGAGAUACUAAACUCAUGGAGUUCUCAAUACAGUCAAACAUACGCACAUUUUGUCUAUAACACGAUAAAUGCUGGGGGGGGAGGGGGGGGUUGCCCAUUUUGAAGUGUGUCAUUCUUGUCAAUUAACCACAGAUUUUCCAAUGGUCAAGAUCAAAUAAAAUACAUGAGCAAAAAACUGUGUAUAUAAGCAUUCAUUACUGUGUCCAAACCUUUACCCAUUUAUGUAGAAACGUCUUCAGCAUACGCUGUGACUUUUUAUAAAUGGACUCACACUGCCCUCUUAUGGUGAGCACACUGAAGUGCGUCUCUCUCGCUUUCCCUCGCUCUCCUGCUCUCUCUCCCUCCAUCCCUCCCUCCUUGUCUACCUCCCCAGAUUCUGAUGUCGGAGCCAGGGAAGCUGUUGCAGAAGGUGAAGGUGUGGCUCCAGGAGUACUGGAACAUCACAGACCUCAUGGCCAUCCUCAUUUUCUCUGUGGGCAUGGUUCUCCGUCUCCAGGAGCCGCCACUCAUGAGCUACGGACGGGUCAUCUACUGCGUCAACAUAAUCUAUUGGUACAUCCGGCUGCUCGACAUCUUUGGCGUCAACAAGUACCUGGGCCCCUAUGUCAUGAUGAUCGGCAAGAUGGUGAGAGGGCGGGGUGUGUCACUGACAGUGUCCCGAUUCUCUGUACUUGCACACAUGGAUUUAACAAUGGUGGAAAGUCCCUACAGUUAAUGCUUACACCAAUCCAAUCUACACACAAUACCCCAUAAUUCUGCUAAUUUAUACAAAAAAUAAAAACCUGAAAUAUGAGUAUUCAGACCCUUUAAUCAUUACUUUGUUGAAGCACCUUUGACAGCAAUUACAGCCUUGAGUCUUCUUGGGUAUAACGCUACAAGCUUGGCACACCUGUUUUUGGGGAGUUUCUCCCAUUCUUCUCUGCAGAUCCUCUCAAGCUCUGUCAGGUUGGAUGGGGAGCGUUGCUGCAAAGCAUUUUUCAGGUCUCUCUAGAGAUGUUCGAUCAGGUUCAAGUCCAGGCCACUCAAGGACAUUCAGAGACUUGUCCCGAAGCCACUCCUGCAUUGUCUUGGCUGUAUGCUUAGUGUCGUUGUCCUGUUGGAAGGUGAACCUUUGCCCCAAUCGGAGGUCCUGAGCACUCUGGAGCAGGUUUUCAUCAAGGAUCUCUCUGUACUUUGCUCCGAUCAUCUUUCCCUCGAUCCUGACUAGUCUCCCAGUCCUUGCUGCUGAAAAACAUCCCUACAGCAUGAUGCUGCCACCCCCAUGCUUCACCGUAGUAGAUUUUUUUAGUGAUCCAAUUGACAUUUUAGUCAUUUAGCAGACGCUCUUAUCCAGAGCGACUUACAAUUAGUGAGUGCAUUCAUUUUUCAUACUGGCCCCCCGUGGGAAUCAAACCCACAACCCUUGCAUUGCAAGCGCCAUGCUCUACCAACUGAGCUACAGGAGGGCCAAUGAUGAUGCCAGGUUUCCUCCAGACGUGACGGUUGGCAUUCAGGCCAAAUACUUCAAUCUUGGUUUCAUCAGACCAGAGAAUCUUGUUUCUCAUGGUCUGAGAGGCUUUAGGUGCCUUUUGGCAAACUCCAAGCGGGCUGUCAUGUGCCUUUUACUGAGGAUGGCUUCCAUCUGGCCACUCUACCAUAAAGGCCUGAUUGGUGGAGUGCUGCAGAGAUGGUUGUCCUUCUGGAAGGUUCUCCCAUCUCCACAGAGGAACUCUAGAGCUCUGUCAGAGAGACCAUCGGGUUCUUGGUCACCUCCCUGACCAAGGCCCAUCUCCCUCGAUUGCUCAGUUUGGCCGGGCUGCUUGCUCUAGGAAGAGUCUUGGUGGUUCCAAACUUCUUCCAUUUAAGAUUGAUGGAGACCACUGUGUUCUUGGGGACUUUCAAUGCUGCAGAAAUGUUUUGGUACCCUUCCCCAGAUUUGUGCCUCGACACAAUCCUGUCUCUGCACUCUACGGACAAUUCCUUCGACUUCAUGGCUUGGUUUUUGCUCUGACAUGCACUGUCAACUCUGUGACCUAAUAUAGACAGGUGUAUGCCUUUCCAAAUCAUGUCCAAUCAAUUGAAUUUACCACAGGUUUCCUCCAAUCAAGUUGUGGAAACAUGUCAAGGAUGAUCAAUGGAAACAGGAUGCACCUGAGCUCAAUUUCGAGUCUCAUAGCAAAGGGUCUGAAUACUUAUGUAAAUAAGGUAUUUCUGUUUUUAAGUUUUGAAAUAUUUGCUACAAUUUCUAAAAACCUGUUUUCGCUUUGUCGUUAUGGGAUAUUGUGUGUAGAUUGCUGAAUUAUAAUUUUUUAAAAUCAAUUUUAGAAUAAGGCCGUAACGUAACAUAAUGUGGAAAAGUCAAGGGGUCUGAACACUUUCCGAAGGCACUGUAUAAUGCAGCUAUGAAGAUGAAUGAGUUAUAUCAGGUUCCUUUUAUAGGGAGUCGAAGUCCUUAGUAUGUGUUCGGCACAUUGUGUCCUGAAAAACCCCUUAGCCUCAAGCCUGUUCUGUCUUUGCUCAUGAAUGAUCAGAGAGUGUGUGAUAACAGUGUCAAGAAGACCAGGAGAGGGGAUGGGUCAAAGGGCAGAAAUGUCUGUUACCUUCCCAUGUCUGAGAGAGCUGUUUGAGAUUGCAACAUAACACACAUAUCACUUUGAUAUAGUAACAGAAAACCAGCACAGAAAUGACUAAACGUUGUUUUUCCUAAUUAAGGAGCGUGCCUUCAAAUGUGUUUGUCAAAGGUGGUGUUGUUUAAUGUGAUGUGAUCAGUUGCAAGCCAAUUUGACCCUUUUUAAACCUCUAGUGCUGUUGAAUUACCCUCAGUCAGCUAAUAUUCUCUCUGUCUCCCUCUUCUCACCCUCUUUCUUUCUCCUCCCUCCCUCCCACUCCUUCUUUCUCUCCCUCUCAGAUGAUUGACAUGAUGUACUUUGUGAUCAUCAUGCUGGUGGUGUUGAUGAGUUUUGGGGUGGCUCGGCAGGCCAUCCUGAACCCCAAUGAGGACCCGUCCUGGAUGUUGGCUCGGAACAUAUUCUUCAUGCCCUACUGGAUGAUCUACGGAGAGGUGUUCGCCGACCAGAUCGAUCGUAAGCCCACAUAUGCGGGGGUGGGUGGGGGGUGGGUCAUGGAUCGGAUGGUGGAUUGGUAGAGAGUCGAGCACGGAGUGUAAGGCUGCCCGCCCCAACAUACACACACAAUCACACCCCCACACACACACUCACCAGUCUAGCUGAAGUCAUCCAGGUGCUGAAAUGCCACACACUUGGAACCUCUCAGUCAGUCCCCAGUUUCAGGGGGAACUUUAUUAGCACAAUGGAAGACAUUGGUGGCCUUAUUGGUUCUUAUUCACACUGGUCAUGCUAACGCAAUCUUGCCAUUAAAAAUACCCAUAUUUGAUUUUCUGACAACAGCUGAGGACAGAUCACUAAAAGCUCACCUUAUCUCAUUGAUAAGGUCAGGUGAUGUGUAACAGCAGGUAACAUUGCUUAGUAAUUUAGUCAUUGACUAAAAUAAGGUACAUGAUUGCUCUCUGAAUGCACAACCUGUUUUGUGAGAGUGUGUGUGCGUGCAUGUGUGAGAGUGUAUAGAAUGGAAGGACUAGCCCAAAGCGAAGAGAUCUGAAAUAAUGCUGUCGUUCUUUGUUUCAGAUGUGCAUAGUAGGAAGCUAAAGCACAGGCUGAAUUCAAAACUCUGGAUGGUCGAAAAUCAAUUUCGAGCUCAUGGAACCUGGCGUAAUAAUGGUCCAUACCAACAUUGCUGUGUUCAAUCAGAAUGCCAGUAAAUCGAUAAUUAGACCCCUCCCCGUCCCUUCCCCUCCCUACACCAUUCCAGCCUCACUGCCAUGCCAUCACUGCACCCUCGUCUAGGGGCUGCUACUUAGUCAGAUAUGCACAUAGAGAUGGAUAGAGGGUGCACUUGCCACAAAGUCUGCUUUAGCAUGUGCAGCACCAUUGAAGGUUUUCGCCAUUUUAAUGUAGUCAACUGGGUGGGACAUCUUAUGGGUUGAGGUGGGAACCUAGAAUUCCAUCCAGGUCAGUAAAAGGGAUGAGCCAAUGAAUUAUACUCCUGAAAAAACAUUCCAGCACUUCAGGUGGCAGUAUAUCACCUACCUUCACUUGAUGCCUUUUCAUAUUAUACACACUCCUGCACAGUAGGUGGAAGUAUGCACCUUUUCAGUUUCUUUAUGGAUCGCCAAUAAACUCAUAGAAUGAGAAGAGAUGGAGAUAGCCCUCAGUGGCACUGCCAGUUAAUGGGCACUGCCCAUGCUGUUACAGAAGCGAUCAAAUGCAAAGAUAGGUGUGUCCUCUUUUCCAUCUCUAUGGAUAAGCAUGCAGCACGAAACGCUGACAGGUCAAUAAUUGUGUUUCAUGGCAGUAGCACUCUUGUUUGGUUUCAUUUGGUUGAUUUAUUUAUUUAUUUUGAUGACACUACAUCUCAAAGGAGACUAUCAUUGCUCAUUUGACAUUUUCAUUAUUUUAAAUUUUUUUGGGAAAAGUAAGCUUGCCACGUUUUUCAUGCAAGUCAUUUUCACAAUCCCUCAACGCCAGCUCUGCUAUCACUAGAACAACAGGAUUGCAACAUCUACAAAAUGUAAUUUAGACACCCACACUCACAAUAAUGCCCUCUCAUCCAUACAGGUCAACAUGAUACGCCAAUACUCAUACAAUAAAUACAACCAAACACACACAGACACAUCUCAUUCAAAAGCACAACUACAUAUACAGUUCACACCUACUAAAUUUCAAAAGCACACCUAAACACAUACAGAUGUAGGAUCUUAAUUUGAUCACUCUUUUGUUGCUGAGAAUUUUCCUGCUCAGCAGGAAAUGCAAACUUGUAGUGUAUUCAAAGUUUAAAAAGGCUUCUAAAGUUUUUAAUUUCCACUUAAAAAUGUCAGACUUAACAAAAAAUGAAUCAACCUCUACCAAAAAUUCCCAUGAAUUAUAAUCCACAUAAUAAUUAACAUUUCCUGUUGCUGCACGAUUAUUUUCCUGCUGUAUCAAACUGGCUCAAAUUAAGAUCCUACAUCUGUAUGUACACAAGAUUGAAUAUUAUUCUGCAUUCACACACACACAGACGUACACACACACAUCAUACCCUUUCAUCUACGGCAAUCAGUUUUUUCAAGUGGUUCAGUUGUCAGAGUUGUUAACCCAAUUUCUUUGAGUGUAAAAUUGUGAGAUAGAGAAAAUUACUUCAGUUCUCUACCUUUGGGCUGCCUUGUGUGAUCAAUUGAAAUCCAGAGAUAAGUAUGAAUAUUAUGAUUAUAUAAUGAUUCAUAGGCAAACAAACAAAUGAGUAUCCAAAGUGAAAGUGCUGAGUGUCCCCAUUAUAAGUCACAGCAACUGAACCAUCACUGAUGGAAAAAACAUAUGAUGUAUCUUAAAUACAUUUAAAAUAAUCUGUAGUAUAAUCAUUAUUCAGCUAGGCUAUGGCACACAUAUGUGACAAUAUAUUUUAAACAGCAAUGCCAUGUUUAAAUAUAUUGGGAAUGUAAGUUAUUGACAUUAAUAUAUUUGUUUCUAUAUUUUGAGAUACACAUUUCAGCACAUAAGACCUUUCCAUUCUAGUGCUCACUCCUUCCUAUCCCCUCCAAGAAAUAUGUUUGUUUGCAAAACUUGAAGUAUUUGUUGGCCUGUUUAUUUGUUGGUUUGUUUAUUUUAAAUGUUAAGAUAAUUAUUGUUUGUUCUGUAUGAUUGCCUGGGUUUGCUUGUAUGUUUGUAUUGUAUGUUGACAUUACUUUCAUUUGAUUUUGUGUUCAUCUUUUAUGUUGGCUUGCUUGUCUCGUCUUGGUCUGUAUGUUUAUUUGUUUUGAUGCACCAUUGGCACAAACGUUUGCCUUUAUUUAUGAUGUUCUGUCAUAGAAACUCUCUAUAGGCUACCCAUUUCUUUUGUCAUAGUUUGUCUUGUGACACAAUCUAUGACACCUUGUGUAACAUCCUGAACCUGUGGUUGUGUCAUUGUGCUUAGCUCCGUGUGGCCAGAAUAUCACCGCGGAGGACGGGCGUGUUGUAGCUCUGCCGCCCUGUAAGACGGGAGCCUGGAUCGUUCCUGCCAUCAUGGCCUGCUACCUGCUGGUGGCCAACAUCCUGCUAGUCAACCUACUCAUAGCUGUCUUCAAGUAUGUGCUCUCUUUCUGUAAACAUACUACACUCUCCUUACGCCCACUCGGUUAUACAUACCAGGGCCUUGUCCAGAAACAACCCCUAGCCCCUAUCCCCAACCCCCAAGACACUUGUGGAGAUCUGAGAGGAUUUUAUAGGUUUAAGCACAUUGGUAAUAGCCCCACCUAGCCUCUGAUAGGCUAGUGGGAAUGUUCACCAUAUUGCUUACACCUGCCAAAUCCUCUCAGCUUGCCAAAAUUGGUAGGAUCUCUAGGAGUUAUUUCUGGACAAAGCCAAAAAUGUGCAUGGUUUAUUUUACUCUCCUGCACAGUUUAUUCAGGGCCCAUGCACAACAUACUCCUAUAUCACCCGAGUUCAUUAGCUACGUAGGUCAUUUCCAUCUGUGAUCCUUGUUCGUUUUAUAUAGCUAAACAAGUGAGGGGUUAGGGCUUUGUGUUUGUGAUUAGUUAUAAACAGUGUAUAACCUGUGCUGUCUUUUGAGGUCAAAUAAUAUAUAAUAUGACAGCUGUGUGUAACAUUACAACUGCAGUUGCUUAAGUGCUGUUCAAUUGCAGCCACUCGAGGCCCAUUUCAGAGCAUACUGUAGCAUACACACAUAGUAAGAUGUUUAAUCUCCUAUUGAGAGUCAUUAUAGUGAUAAAUUACUGUUAUUGUGCCUUAUUGCCAUCUGUGUGAAAUACUGUAGUAAGAACGAUCCCCUCCGCAUUUCUUGACUAAUUACCAAGAAAUGCAAAUGAAAGAAAAGUUCCAAUGCAAAUAGCGGUGGAGUGUAAGGAACAUACUGUUUAUACAUCUCUGUUUUACUGGCAUUUUUGUUCAAAUGUAAAUGUAGGAAUAUUUGUGUGAUCUUGGUAGUAGUAGUAGCAGGCAAAGUAGUAGUAGUGGCUGUAGUGGUACAAGUUAUGGUGACUGUAGUAGUAUGUAACUUUAUUUAACCAGGUAAGCCAGUUGAGAACAAGUUCUCAUUUACAACUGCGAGCUGGCCAAGAUUAAGCAAAGCAGUGCGAUUAAAAACAACAACACAGAGUUACAUAUGGGGUAAAACAAAACAUAAAGUCAAAAAUUCAACAGAAAAUAUAUAUACAGUGUGUUCAAAUGUAGCAAGUUAUGGAGGUAAGGCAAUAAAUAGGCCAUAGUGCAAAAUAAUUACAAUGAGUAUUAAAACUGGAAUGAUAGAUGUGCAAGAGAUGAUGUGCAAAUAGAGAUACUGGGGUGCAAAUGAGCAAAAUAAAUAACAAUAUGGGGAUGAGGUAGUUGGGUGGGCUAAUUUCAGAUGGGCUGUGUACAGGUGCAGAAAUCGGUAAGGUGCUCUGACAACUGAUGCUUUAAGUUAGUGAGGGAGAUAAGAGUCUCCAGCUUCAGAGAUUUUUGCAAUUCGUUCCAGUCAUUGGCAGCUGAGAACUGGAAGGAAUGGCAGCCAAAGGAGGUGUUGGCUUUGGGGAUGACCAGUGAGAUAUACCUGCUGGAACGCAUACUACGGGUGGGUGUUGCUAUGGUGACCAAUGAGCUAAGAUAAAGCAGUGAUUUAUAGAUGGCCUGGAGCCAGUGGGUUUGGCGACGAAUAUGUAGUGAGGACCAGCCAACAAGAGCGUACAGGUCACAGUGGUGGGUAGUAUAUGGGGCUUUGGUGACAAAACGGAUGGCACUGUGAUAGACUACAUCCAAUUUGCUGAGUAGAGUGUUGGAGGCUAUUUUGUAAAUGACAUCGCCGAAGUCAAGGAUCGGUAGGAUAGUCAGUUUUACGAGGAUGGAAGGAUUAAUUAUAAUAAUAAUCAUUAGUAAUUUAGCAGAUGCUUUUAUCCAGAGCGACUUACAGGAGCAAUUAGGGUUAAGUGCCUUGCUCAAAGGCACAUCCGACAGAUUUUUCACCUAGUCGGCUCGGGGAUUAGAACCAGCGACCUUUCGGUUACUGGCACAACGCUCUUAACCACUAAGCUACCUGCCGCCCUUAUAAUUAAAGUUAUAUGGGUUAAAUGAAAUGGAGGGUGGUUGGAAGGGUGGUUGGAAGAGGGGGUGAGUGUUUCAAAACAUGGCCUAUAUUCCAUCUUCAUAGAAAUGCAUGUAUAAAACAUGUUGCAACAAUUUUUGGUAAAUAAACCAAGCUAUUGCAUUUUGGGUUGAUUUUACAUUUUGGUUGUUACUUUCUGUUGUCAUAGCAACACCUUCUUUGAGGUGAAGUCCAUCUCUAACCAGGUGUGGAAGUUCCAGAGAUACCAGCUCAUCAUGACCUUCUACGAGCGGCCCAUCCUACCCCCUCCCCUCAUCAUCUUCAGUCACAUGACCAUGGUCCUCAAGCAC